CUUAGUUAGAUGUAGGCGGCUUUUACAAUUGCUGACGAAAUCGAUAAAUUCAAAAUAUUCUACAUUUUCGGGAAUAAAUAUUUAUAGUGAGGAAUUUGAUUCUGGCUAUGAAUAAUUUCGCUUCUUCUGCGCUUUCGUGUGCUUUAAAAAGUUGGAGGAUUCCUGGACGUGUGUCUUUAAUUGUUGCUCGCUAUGGAAACAAUCCAAGAAAAGCAGAUGAUAGUUUAUUACUAUGCUGUUCCAAAGCUGAUAUGCAGCGAGAAUGUCACUCAGGGAUUCAAGAGUCAGAAGAAUGUCGAAGGAGCAAUAAGCCUCAAAAUCCAGGUGGACCUAUGGAAGGUGAAGGUAGCGGCCUAAAUCCUGGGAAUUUGGAUCAUUAUAGUACAACUUCUAAAGAACACAUUGGUGGGAUUGGAGGAGGUGGAGGAGGUUCUGGAAGUGGUCAUGGAUCUUUCAUAAAGUGUAGUAAAUGCGGUGGACCUUUAAAAGCUAUCGAGCCAACUACCUCAUAUAUAUCACGUUUCAUGAAAUGUGAAGCCUGUCAACAACUCUAUACACUGAUCGAUAAAUCUGCACUGAAGUCAUUUAAUAAUGUUGAAGAGAAUCGACCUCCUCCACUACCUAUUCCUAAAGAGAUACAUUCAUAUUUAGAUCGUCAUGUCAUAGGUCAAGAAAAAGCUAAACGAAUUCUCGCUGUUCAAGUGUAUGCCCAUUACAAUCGUAUACAACAUAAUCGGUCAUUGGCGGCAGCAGCAUCAGAAUCUGGCUCAUUGAAUUCAGCUUAUUCUUCAGGUGCUGGUAUUAAUUCAGCAAUGAAUGAUGCUAGUAAACAUCCUUUCGCUUCAGGAUAUACACCAUCAGCUGGAGGAGGAGCUUCAGCGCCUCCACGUUCUCAAACACCUCCUCCUCCUCCUGGCUACCUACCAAAUUCAGGUAAUGCUCAUGUAAAUAAUUAUCAAGAUGGUUCAAAUCAACCAUCUGUAACAGAGUUAUUCAAUUUGUUACGUAAUAGUUCAGCAAUCACAGCAAAAAAUGGAUCAACAACAAUUGGAGAUGGUUCAACAGGUUCAUUGUCUUUUCCAUUCACUGUUGAUACUCCAAAUGAAGGGCAUGAAGAAAGAGAGAAACAUCGUCGUGGUUCACGAAUUAUUACAGAUGAUUCAGAGCAAACAGUAAAAUUAGAAAAAAGUAAUAUUGUCAUGUUAGGACCAACAGGUUCAGGAAAAACAUUAUUAGCACAAACAUUAGCUCAAUGUUUAGAUGUUCCAUUUGCUAUAUGUGAUUGUACAACAUUAACACAAGCCGGUUAUGUUGGUGAAGAUAUUGAAUCAGUAAUUGCAAAAUUAUUACAAGAUGCAAAUUUCAAUGUAGAACGUGCUCAACAAGGUAUUGUAUUUUUAGAUGAAGUUGAUAAAAUCAGUACUAAAGCUGGAUAUUUUCAUUCAAUACGUGAUGUUGGCGGUGAAGGUGUUCAACAGGGUAUGCUAAAAUUAUUAGAAGGUUCAAUUGUCAAUGUACCAGAUGGUAAAAGUUCACGUAAAUUACGCGGGGAAACAGUUCAAGUGGAUACUACAAAUAUUCUGUUUAUUGCUUCUGGUGCAUUUAAUGGAUUAGAUAAAAUCAUUGGUCGACGAAAACAUAAAAAGACUGUUGGAUUUGUUGAUAUGACUUCUAUGAAUCAGAGCACUCCACAAUCACCUUCUUCUUCCUCGUCCUCUUCUUUUUCGUCUCCUUUGAAUAAAUCUACCUCAUACAAUUCAGGCGGUUUAAGAACAACAACACCAACUGGUUUUGAGAAUUUAUUUCAAAAUAUAGAAAGUUCAGCUCAUGAAGAAAAUAUUGAACGUGAUUCACUAUUACAAGAAGUUGAAGCUCGUGAUCUUAUUGAUUAUGGUAUUAUACCAGAAUUUGUUGGUCGUUUUCCAAUUAUUACUGUAUUACAUUCAUUAGAUGAAGAAAUGCUUGUACGUAUCCUCACAGAACCACGUAAUGCUCUAUUAAAACAAUAUCAAUUACUAUUUAGUAUUGAUGGUUGUGAACUGAAAGUUACUCCUGAUGCUUUGAAAGCUAUUGCUGGACAAGCCUUACGUCAACGAACAGGAGCUAGAGGUCUUCGUUCUAUCAUGGAAAGUCUUCUUCUUCAAGCACGUUAUGAUGUACCUGGAUCAGAUAUCUCAACUGUGAUUUUAACUGAAAGUGCUGUACACGGUCAUUCCUCUCCUGAAUACUACAGAUCUGUAUCAUCUGCUUCAUCAUCAAGUGCCUCAUGAAUGCAUUUUCCUUCUUGUCUAUAUCACAGCAGUAGCAACAACAACCACAACAACAAGUACUAAUACCUACCAGCAUCACCACUAUUAUUAUUUAUUGUUAUCAUUCUACAUAUUGUGUGUAGUAUUGUAUCUGUUGUCAUGCUGUCUUGUGUCGUAUUGUGUUGUUGUAGGUCGUCACAUUCUUUUCUUUUUUGUCUUCUCUCUCUGUGAAUAAAAAUUAGGUUUCGUGUUUUAUUUUUCUGUUUGUUAAUCCUGGCUAGCUAUUGGAUUACUCACUAGUUAGUUGUGGUGUUAGCGGUAUGCAUGAAAUGCGAAUGGUUAGCGAGAAUUAGAUGGAGAGAGGCUUUCGAUGUGAAGAGUUUGUGAAUUAUUAUUAUCCCUUCUGCUGUCUGUUACUACUCGUAGAAGAAUAAUGCACACAUACAUAUAUAUUCAUACAAAUAGAUAUAAACAUUUAUCUGCUCAACUUUAUUGACUUAUUUUCUCUCUCCUCUUUGCAUCUUCAUUGUAUUUAUAUGUUGUUUAGUGUGGAACAAUUUGUUAAAAUAGGACAGGUUUUAGUGUAAAGAGAAGAAGGCGAAAGUAUGGUGGUGUUUGUUGAUUGUGGUGAUGUAUUUUUUGUAUUUCCGUUCCUAUCCAUCUAUCUACAUUUUGACUUUCAUGUCUAUGAUGAUUUAUUGUCUUUAUUUUCGUGUGUAUUCCUUCUGAAAGUCGAUAGAUGACAACGGUGAUGAGCUUACACACACACACUCACACACAGUACAAAUGCAACAGACAAACAAUAUACAGAAAUACACUGAUGGUGAUGAUUCUUGUGUUAUACAUAUACAGUCACUUUGCCUACCUUAUUGCGCAAUCUGUGUUGUAGUCAACCUGUCUAUUAAGGUGGGGGGUAUGUUUAUGUCGUAAACAGUUUUGUUUAAUUGUUUUGCGUUAACACUUCUAUUUAUUUCUCGUCUUCUUCGACUUCGUCUUCUUCAGUGUAAAUUAUUGUUUAUUGUACUGUCUGUCGAUGCUGGAAUACGUUGUGUUGUUGUUCCCUUGCCCCCUUCUCCAUCCCCAUCCUGCUGUCUCAUGAAAGACAAUUAACGCCGCCAAUCCAUAAAUGCACACACACAGACAAACACAGAUACCUGCAGGCGAUUGAAAAGGAAACAAGUUUAUCGUCUUUUGCUUUGUUUUGUUUUUUAAAUUUCCAUCUCUUUCUCUCUGUUUUUCUGUUUUUAUCUUAUUAGUCAUAAUAAUGAUUUAAUUUAAAUUUUAUUUUAUUUUAUUAAAUCAUUGAGUUUUCUCCAUA